AUGGACCCCGACGAGGCUUGCGUUUUUAAUUCUCAAGGUAGCAAGUUGGGAAUGGCAGGCCAUGACACGCCCCUUUCCAGGGCACAACCAUGGCUUGGCAGGUGUCCACACACCCUCGGGUCAAAUGAGGCCAGCGUGUUUUCUGGAGCCCCGGGCCAGCCUGUCAUGGAAAGCCAUGCUCCUCACCCUCUGAAGGAUAAAGUGGCUAUCCCGCGGGGGUUAGGCCCCGGAAUUCCGACUUCGAACAAGAGAGUCAACCGGGCAUGUGACUCUUGUCGUGAACAGAAGGCAAAAUGUAGUGGCCAUCGACCCGCAUGCCAAAGGUGCCGUCAAAGCGACAUUACGUGCAUCUACGCAGAUAAGAAGCGAGAGAGAGAUGCCAAGCAAUCGGCCGAUCUCCGGUCUCGGAUACGGGAGUACGAGGAGCUUCUACGUACCCUGCAUCCUCGUCUCGAUCGUCAAAUGGCCACGGAGGUUGAGAAGGUUAUUGGUGGAGUAGGAGACCAGGAUAGAUCCUUUCCCCUCGGAGGAUCUGGCGGCACUCAGCUUCCAGCCACGUCUCCGAUGACCCCAAGACCGAGCACGGUAAAAGAGGGCCAGCAAGCAAAAAACAACCCUGUACAACCGACUGAUCACACCACUGAGGACCUCAACCGGGACGGGGAUACUCGAGCGACGGGAUUGGUGGGUAGGCCAUCAGAGAUAGCAUGGCUGAAUACUCUACAAACGGAACCAAACACGCACAGCAAAAUUGCACGUUCUUCGGGCCGGUCAGGAUAUCUCCCACCUUUGUCUACAAAUUACUUUCUCGACAACAUGCAAAUACUUGUUCCAGACUUGAAUGACUAUCCGGACAGGCCCUCGAAAGACGCUGCUACUCAACUUGUGGGAAGCUAUUUUCAAAACGUGCACGCUUCGUUUCCCUUCGUUGGGAAACCAAUUUUUUUGGAACAAUUUCGCUGUUAUUAUGCGAAUUCUGGCGCGCAACCUGGUAGGAAAUGGAUGGCAGUGUUGAAUCUCAUAUUCGCUAUCGCUUCACGACACAGCUCUCUCGUGAAAAAGGAAUCCGGAGCCGAUAUGUCCUACUUCACACGAGCCUGGAAGCUCUACGCGGGGGGCUUCGCUGUAUUAGACCGCCCGAGUCUACAACAGGUACAGAUCGAGUCACUUAUAUCGCUAUACCUCCUUUCGCUAGGUCACAUCAAUAGGGCCUGGCGAAUGUGUAGCAUAGCAAUACGAUCAGCAGUGGCCAUUGGGGUACAUCUUCGUACUGAAAACGCGGCCAUUUCUAGCAUAUCUAAGGAGACAAGGUAUCGCCUUUGGUGGGCGUUAUACUCAUUAGACGUUCAGUUAUGCUUAAUGACUGGACGGCCGCUCAACAUGGACCUGAGAUACUGUACAACGCCUCUUCCUGUGCCUUAUCAUGAGGAAGACUUUCUAGAUGGCCGUGUUGCACAAAUUAUUGCAAACGAAGAUAUCAGGAAGGCUCUGGUAUCAUUCCUCAUUCCUCGUGCGGCCAAACCAGACAGUGGAGAUCAGCAACGUUUUGCACGUUCCCUUCCCUCGGCUGUGAUGGAAGGAGGUGAAAACGAUCCAGACGUGUCCUCUGUGCCGGAAAGUAUCAAGCCCAACACAUCACUAUACUUCUUGUGCCGUGUAGGCUUGGCUUGCAUUGGCAGAACCGCCAUGGACGAAAUCCACUCUUCUAGCACCGCGUUGCUUUCGUGGGAUGAGGUAGAGACUUCAAUCACCCGAAAUAACGCAUCCGCCGAUGGCUGGUUGGCCCAACUACCGUCAUACUACAACUUUGACAAGUCAUCGCCCAAUUGCCCAUUUGUUCGUCAGCGCACUAGCCUAGCAUUUCGGUUCUACUCUAUCAAGCUCAUUAUUCUAGAACCUUGCUUGCGCCGCGUGAUCAGGGUAUCCACUGAGGGCCCUUGUAGCGUCCACUGCCAGACCAUGGCCGCUAUAUGCAUGCAGGUAGCACGGAGUGUCCUCGACAUUCUACCCGACGAACCAGAUGUUUCCUGGCUAUAUGAGUAUUGCCCCUGGUGGUCCAUUCUCCAUUAUAUUAUGCAAUGUUCCACCAUCCUCAUGGUCAGUCUUGCUGGUCAAGUUGAACUUGGCUCUAUACGACUUGAAGAAACAGUGCGCUAUAUCAGGAAGGCUUGUCGAUGGUUACAUGAGAUGUCCAGGACUGAUGACUUUUCCAGACGUGCCUGGAGCAUUUUUCUUGAAUUAGCUGCAUUUCCAAUACCCCGAGCAACAAACCAAAUGAACGCCGUCACGCCUGGCCGAGUGAAACAGGCGUGCCAGUCUUGCCGAGAACAGAAGGCGAAAUGUAGUGGCCACAGGCCUCAAUGCCGUAGAUGCGAAGAGAAUUCCUUGUUCUGCGUUUAUGAAGACCGCGAGCGGUUCAAGAUGACCAAACAACUCCACAGUCUUGCAAACCAAGUUCAAACCUACGAAUCUCUUUUACGAGAAAUCUAUCCCAAGCUUGGCUUUGAGGUUGCAAACAGCGUUGAUCAUGUUUUCGGCUCCAAAUAUCGUGAUCAUCCCCGCCUGGAAAAAGUCAAUUCACUUUCAGCAUCUAUAGGAGGAAAUUUUGAUAGCCUAUCAUCAUCUAAAGAUCCAGCUCACGUAUUUCAUGAAGCUGAUUGCCAAGGUGGCUCCGACGCGUCUUUACCUGCCGUUGUUGCUUACUGCACCACCGAGAAUUACAAUCAGAAGGGGGAAAGCCAGGCCAUGGGAUAUGUGGGCGACCACUCUGCGAUGAAGUGGCUGUACAGACUGAAGUGUCAUCUUGAUGAUAAUAACCGAAACUCCAAUGUUAAAGACGAUUCUUACGACAACUUUGACUUUGCCCGAGGCAAGUUUUCUUCUGUGAACUAUUAUUUGGAUGACGUGAAACUUCGGUUCCCAGAGGAUGCGGACAUCUCGCGACGGCCCCCACAAACAAUUGCCGACCAUCUGGUUUCGGCUUAUUUUGGCGUUACGCACGUUCAGUAUCGAUCAUUUUAUUCUGAUCAAACAGCAAAACCAGGGAGAAGAUGGUUGGCUAUCUUCAAUUUGGUUCUAGCUGUCGCAGCAGCGCAGUCUUGUGCGAUGAGUAAGGGAACUCUACCUGAGUCCCCAGAAGUUCAGGAAUGUAACGCGCAUAACACAUUUUUUGGACGUGGGUGGAAUUUGGCCUUGACCGACUCUGUGUUGGAACCUUCAAAUCUUCAACAGGUGCAGGUGGAGGGGUUGGCAUCCCUCUACCUGCUUUCCGCUGGACAUGCAAUUAGGGCAUGGAAGCUUUGUGGCGUUGCAACCCGGUCAGCGAUAACAAUGGGACUCCACCUUCGCUCUGAGAGUAACACGAUAUCGCCAAUAUCUAAACAAAGCCGGUAUCAACUGUGGUGGGCGCUACAGAUGCUAGAUACUAAGUUGUGUGCAACGAUUGGCCGGCCGUUGAGCAUGGACAUAGCUUUCUUCACUACUCCUGCACCAUCGCCGUAUGGUGAUAUGGACCUUUCCGAAGAAACGUCGACACCGAUUGAUCUUCGUAUGAUAAGUGCAGAUCUAUUAGCAAGCGACGAUUUUUCUCAUCCUACACUAUUUGAAAGUCCGACGUAUCAGGCGCUUCCCUUGCGGCGCACUUCGCAUGCGGAAACCAGAGGGGAGCCCAACCCGCAGAAAGCAGUGGGCAAGCUCAUGACUACUAACUCUCUACGCUUCAUUUAUGCUAUUCAGCUAAACCAUAUCAUGAGACAAGCCAUUAUUGGAAUUUACACGACAAGCGCUCGGAAGUCACGGCAGCAUUUGGAAUCCGUCAUACGUUCCUUAAACAGCUCCGCUGACCACUGGCUGUCCAGUCUUCCUUCCACAUGCGGCUUUUUGAGAACAGAAGCGGCGGAUCAGCUUGAUUGUCAUCGCACGAGUCUCGCCUUUUCUUUCUAUUGCACCAAAAUUCUGAUUCUACAACCGUGUCUGCACAUUGCUACAUGUCAAUCCUCCGACAAGAAUCUGCCGAACUCUUUUUGUGCUUCUAUGGCGGCUUUGUGCAUACGAAUGGCGAAAGAAACAAUUGAUAUCUUCCCUGACGAGCCAGAUACAGCUUGGCUCUCCACGUCGUGUCCGUGGUGGUGCGCUCUACAUUAUCUCAUGCAGUCCACGGCCAUUCUGAUGAUUGCACUAUUCAAAGGAACGCAAAUAAUCACGGCCGAUGCAAUCAAUGUCCAGUUUAAGGUGCAUAAGGCUGUGCGAUGGUUGAGGGCCAUGUCUAUCGGGGAUCCCGUAGCGCAGAAAGCGAGUAAUCUCUGCCAGGAUAUUCUUGCUAACCACAGCGUGGGGGCUGCCGUUUGCCAGUAA